AUGGACGGGUCGACAUCGACACCAAAUCAUUUUGUACCGUUAGACCGUGAAAUCGUAAAAAUGUGCGCGCAAAAUAUGAAAUAUUAUUUAAUAACGCUGUUGGUUCUCUUAGCUCUGUUUCACUCAGCCGAAUCACAAAGCAAUGCGCGUUACAAUCGUCGCAGGCCGGCAUUAGGAAAUGCCAAAGAAACCAUCGAAGCUGCUACAGAAAAGUCUGAGGCAGCUGCUGAUCAACUAGCUCUUGCCGCUAGCCAUGUAGAUAAGAAUCCACAAAGACGUAGUGGCGCUUAUGCUAGAGACGGGGAUGAAUAUCCUUAUGGCAAUUUGGAAAUGAAUCUCAUACGUCCGGAGAGCGAACCGGUGCACACACAGAUCACAGCCAAGUACACAAGCACGUUAAGUGCAUCACGUCCUUACGAGUCAGGUUCAUUGGAAGAUGCCGAAACUGCUGAGGAAUAUGUAGCUAAUGCCAUGAAGAUGCAACGUUAUGGCACACGAUUGCGCGAACCCAUACGCAUACUGUCCACUGAAGACGAACUGCAAUCUGGACCGAAGACACCGUCAGCACAAACUAACGACGAGUCGGCGGACGAGCGAAAUGCUCCAUCGCCGAGCAAUAUCAAAUUUGAGUACUACCAUACCGCAGCACAACAACAACAAUUACAACAACAACAGUUGCAACAACAAACGCCACAGCAUUUGGAUAAUAACCACCAGUCACUUUUGGAAGCGCAAAUGCAUGCACAAUUGCAGGCGCAAAUCCAACAAGCCCAACAGGCGCAACAGCAAGCGGAAAGUCAGCAACAACAACUGGAGGCGCAAACGGAACGUGGUCAAGUAAUUGUUGUGGGAAGUGCCAAUGACGGCGUGCCGCAGCAGGUAGCGUCUGCUUACAAUCGAGACCCGGUAACGCGCUCUUACGAGGUUUAUGAUGACAGCAGUGCCUACGAAGCCAGUGUGGAGGCCGGCGCAGGCGGUGGUAGUGGUGUCGCUGACGGUGACGGCGUCGAUCGUCACUACCGCACAAAAUAUCUCUUUCAACCUGCCUAUCAAGGCGCCAGUGUUGCACCAGCAGAGCCCGAGCCAGAGCAGCUGCGCGGCUCCGCAUCAACGGAAAUACCCAAAGCGGAGAUAAUGAAGCAGAUCGAAAAAUCGGUAAUGAAAUACAUGAAAGAGCUGGAAGCCGAAGGCAAGAUCGUCACUUCGCCGCAAGAGCCGAAAACAUAUUAUAAAAUGGUAACUGUGCCAGUUGAUGAGAAGCAUAUUACAUCGACAACAACACGUCCGAAACAUUCCGGUGCUACACCCGCGCACAAUGCUGUGUAUACGAGUGGUAGUGAAAGUGGCAAUCCGUCAUCAGCGUCAACAACUGGAUCAUCGCACCGUACAUCCACGCAUGGCAGCAUUUCCGGUUACUCCAGUUCACGCCACCACGCGCCCAAACAUCAGCUCAAGUCUACGCAACGCUAUCAAUCCGAAGCCGAGACUGCGUAUCGCGCACAAGCCGGCGCACAUCAGGCCCAUGAGGUCGGCGAGGCGCUGGCGCCAAAUGUUGAAUUCGUUUACAAGAUCAAGACACGCGCACCACUGCAAACGGCCACCGUGAAAACAAUUUCGAAACCAUAUACGUUGCCACUUAAAGGUACCUACGACCAUUUCGAUCAUAGUGCCGCGCUGAAGCAUAUCGAGGACUUUGAUCUUUCGCAUGUAGUCACGACGCAAGAGCCCGAUGAGCGUCCAACUUCGUUGAGCGCGAGUGUCACAAACAAGCCAAAUAAGCUUUACUUUAACUCGGAAAUCUAUCACGAUAUUAACUCUCUGCCAUUCAAGCCGGAAAAAUCACGCACGCUAUCCACGGCUGGCGCUGGCGCCGCAGCUGCCGAGUAUCGCAAACUAAAAGCUAGUAGUGGUGAAUUAAGCGUCGAUUAUAAAGGUUACUCCGGCUACUUUGCCGAACCUAGUGCACAAACGGACACGUCCGAUGAAAAAGACACAAGCGCUGGGUCUAGCGCGCAGGUAUCAGAAGAUGGCUACCCCGUCAUGAAUCCCUACCAGUACGUGCUGAAGAAGGAACCACUGCCGCACAAAUAUGAAGAGACCAGCGCCAGUUGGGUUGAGGCGCACGCUAAACCUGCCUACGGGGCAUUGAGCGCCUCACAGAAGGGACUAGAAUACGACAGCUACAGUCCGAAAUACAACAAUAAUCCCGAAGGCUACGGCUAUCAGCACACAUACAAAGCGGAACGUGAACGUGAACGCGAACGGGAACGUGAACGUGAGCCACAGCAUAGCGGACACAAGUAUGCCGUUAGUCGCUUGCCUAGCGGUAGCAACAGUAAGCGUGGCAAGCGCGGCGGUGGCUUACCAUAUCCCAAUGUAAACAAGAAGGCGCUGCGCAACGCGGCCGUAAAAGAUAUUGAGGCGAGCUUGGCGCUACGUCCGCCGCCAAAAAAUUAA